AUGUCUCUCUCAAGCAAGCUGUCUAUCACAGAUUGCGAUCUGAAGGGCAAACGGGUUCUCAUUCGGGUCGACUUCAACGUUCCCCUUGACGACAAGAAGAACGUCACCAACAACCAGCGCAUCGCCGGUGCCAUCCCCACCAUCAAGUAUGCUAUUGACAAUGGCGCAAAGGCCGUCGUCUUGAUGUCACAUCUCGGCCGACCUGAUGGCAAGGCCAAUCCUAAGUACAGCCUCAAGCCCGUCCUACCAGAACUGGAGAAGCUCCUAGGCAAGAGUGUCGAGUUCGCCCCUGACUGCGUUGGCCCUGAGGUCGAGGCUAUCGUAAACAAGGCCGACAACGGACAAGUUGUUCUCCUUGAGAACUUGCGAUUCCACGCCGAAGAAGAAGGCUCUUUCAAGGACAGCGAGGGCAAGAAGGUCAAGGCUGACAAGGCCAAGGUUGACGAGUUCCGCAAGGGCUUGACCGCACUUGGUGACGUCUAUAUCAACGAUGCAUUCGGCACAGCUCACCGUGCUCACUCUUCCAUGGUUGGCGUUGCCCUACCCCAAAAGGCCGCCGGUUUCCUCAUGAAGAAGGAGCUGGAUUACUUUGCCAAGGCCCUGGAGUCCCCUCAGCGCCCCUUCCUGGCUAUUCUCGGUGGCUCCAAGGUCUCUGACAAGAUCCAACUGAUCGAUAACUUACUCGACAAGGUCAACAGCCUCGUCAUUACUGGCGGCAUGGCCUUCACUUUCAAGAAGACGCUUGAGGGUGUCAAGAUCGGCAAGUCGCUCUUUGACGAGGAGGGUUCCAAGGUCGUGGGCCAACUCAUGGAGAAGGCCAAGAAGAACAACGUCAAGGUUACCCUACCCGUCGACUACAUCAUCGCCGACAAGUUCGGAGCAGACGCCAACUCCAAGACGGCCAACGAUAAGGAUGGCAUCCCUGAUGAGUGGCUAGGUCUUGACAUCGGCCCCGAGUCCAUCAAGCUCUACGAGGCUGCCAUCAACGAUGCCAAGACCAUUCUAUGGAACGGCCCGGCUGGUGUCUUCGAGAUUGAGAAAUUUGCUAACGGCACAAAGAAAACUCUUGACGCCUUCACCGGGGCUGUCGCCAAGGGCGCCAUUGGUAUCAUCGGCGGUGGUGACACUGCCACCGUGGCUGCCAAGUACGGCGCCGAGGACAAGUGCUCGCACGUCUCCACCGGUGGCGGUGCUUCCCUCGAGCUCCUCGAGGGCAAGGAUCUACCCGGCGUUGUCGCAUUGAGCACGAAAUGA